AUGCAUCUCUCCACUUUCUUCACUGCGCUCAUCGCCGCGGCACCGCUUGUCGUCAAGGCUUCACCUCUCUCAAUCGUUGACGGAAACGAAUACGGGCCGCAAGAUAUCGAAGAAAGAGCCAUGUUUCCGAGGAUCAAAACAAAAGUCUUUCUCAGUCUUCUGCCCGACGACGUGAAGUUUACCGUCAACGAGAUCAAGAUGGACAAGCCUGAUGGCUCGCAGGCUUGGCGAGAGGGAGGCCCCGCGGUCCCGUUCACAAUCGCCACCAGCGAGGUCACCGCGGCCAUCGCGAAAAAGUGGAGGGGGGUCUAUCUGGGCGAGCUCGCGAUGCAGAAAGACAAGGCCGGCGAAGGAUCCUCUUUUCACAUCAAGUACACCAUCAGCAGCCCCUCGUCCGCGGCCAAAGUCGUCAGUGGCACGCUCACUAUCGGAAGCACCACAUGGGGUGCCGUCAGUCGGCCGGACCAUAUCACCUACUCCUGGCAACUCGGCGACUCUGGAUGGGGCACCUGGACAUCAGAGGUACUCGGGCUCUCCUCCCCCGACGACACCUUCAUCACUGUUGGCUAUGUCCCCGAGAAGCAGAUCUAUGCGUUUGGCCUUACUACCAAGACCGACGCCAUUACCAAAUUUCUAGGGAGUGUAGUCAGAGGCAUUAUCAACUUCCACACGAUUGCUCUGUCUGCCGGAAGUAGUUCUCUGGGAACUGUGGCUUCGGUCGGUAUCAAGGUGGCUCUCGCUGGAGCUAGCAAACUUUGA